AAUCUAAUUUGCAUAUAUAAAUCUACUUGUCAGCCAUUUGUAUCAAUACACAUUUGUUGUGAAGACAAUAUAAACAUAAAUAGGAUUCAGGGUUAAAGAAAUCGUUUAUAGGGAUCGUUAUGGAUAAACGUCUUGUUUUAUUCGUUUACAUCGUUUGCUUUGGAUUAGUCAGUUCUACGUCAGAGCCAAAUGCGUAUGCACCUGAGAUAAUUUCCUCGGUGUUUAACAGCCGCGAUAUUCCACUGUUCCAAGGUACAGUGAGGGAGGAUGAGACAGUGGUGCAUUUGGAGCCACAGCUGUUUGCCCGGGACAAUGACACAGUCGGCUCAGCGCGCCUGAUUUGCCGCUAUGAGAUUGUCUCCAACAUCAAGAAAAUUCCAUUUGUGAUUGAGGUGAAGAAUAGAGAGACAGGAGAGGGUCUGUUGAAAGUGCAUGAAGGGGAAAGACUCAGCUAUGAGAAGAGGAAAACCUACAAGUUCAACAUAUUUGCCUUUGAUUGUGUGGACCCACCAUACGAUAAAAAAUCUAGCAGGGCCGUAGUCACAGUGAAGGUGGUGGCAGCAGACAGAUCAGCCCCUGUGUUUGAGAAGACCACGUACAACGCUGACCUACAGGAGGGGGUCCUGUCACAGAACAUCACUCAGGUUAAAGCCAUAGACAGGGAUGCGGACCCAGAGAACAGUGCAAUCUGCGGCUAUGACAUCGUCAGUGAUGAAGCACCAUUCACUAUCACCAGCAAUGGCAUCAUCAAGAACACAAAGGCUAUUUACCACAAGGAUGCCUACAACUACAUUCUGAAGAUUCGUGCGCGAGACUGCGCAGGCAAGGUGUCCGAGCCUGCGUACGUGAACAUUAUCGUCAAGGAGACGUGCACCAAUGGAUGGACAGAUUUUCCUGACCACAUUGAAUACACGCCGGGGUCGGAGUAUAAAUACCUGACAGACUCUGCCCGACUGCACGUGUGCACAGGCUCGUGCACGAUAGACCGAGUCUCAGUGAGGGUCAACCUGGCCACCAACCACAUCGGCAAGGGCUGCGAUAGGGACACCUACAGCAUACUGUCACAGAGGAAACUAUGUGGUGCAAGUGAUGAAAGUGUUGAUCUGCUACCUACUGCUACCCUGGCAUCCAAUUGGACAAGUGUGGUUCCUUCCGAUGACGGAAAUGACGGCGACAGAAUAUUCGCAUUUGACGGAAAGUCUCACCACAUUGUGGUCCCGGACGCGUAUACAGACCACCACCUGGACUCACACUUCACAAUCUCCACAUGGAUGAAGCAUUCUGGGCAUGAUGACCUGGUUACCAAGGAUACCAAACCACAUCACCAUGGCAACAAGGAGCACCUGCUCUGCAUGUCAGAUGGCGAUGGCAUGAACCGUCACCACUAUGCACUGUUUGUACACAACUCCAAGCUGGUGUUCCUGCUGCGCCGGGAGAGUUCUGACCCUGCUGACCUUGAGGUCUUCAAGCCAGCAGAGUGGCGCUGGCUUCUGGACGAGGUCAACGACGGCAGGUGGCACCACUAUGCCCUCAGUAUGGACUUCCCAGAGCUACGUCUCCUGGUAGAUGGGAAGGUGGUAGAGGCCAACCAGGACAACUUUGAGAUGCUGGAUGACUGGCCCCUUCACCCCACUGACAAGGUCCACUACAGCAAGCUGGUUAUAGGGGCCUGCUGGAAAGGCCUAGAUGAGACAUUUGCUGACCACUUCCAAGGCUAUCUGGCCGGACUGUCCUUGUUGAAGGGUCGUACGGAGAGUGACAAGGUCAUACAGUGCCUCAACAACUGUCAGGAGAACCUAGAGUUUACUGAUCUAGAGAACAUGCCAAGUGGAACGUCUGUCAGUUUCAAUAGUGAGAAGACAGAGUUCACCAUUACGGGACACAACGCUUCUGACGUUGAGAAACUCGUGCACAAGGUGGCAUACAUCAACAACCGUAACUUCCCCACCCCCGGCCGUAGGAAUCUCAACAUCAGGACAAGCUUUCAUUGUGGAGAUACAGAGGAGAUCCUUCCGCUACUUGAGACAUACAUAUUCGUAGAGCACUCUAACAGGCCUAUCAUCACAAUGUCCGGCAAGCAGGUCGUCAUGGGAUACAGGGACACACUUGAGACAGGCCUUGAUAUCUUUAGGGAUGUGAAUAUCCAUGUUGACUUCAUGCUGUCAACAAACGGAGAGGAGAACAGGAAUGACACCGAUAGCGAGGAGGAGGAGAUUGGCAAUGACACCUCACCACCCAAACAACAGACUGAUGUAAAGUCUAAAAACGUGCCUGUUGUUCACUCAGGAGGCUCCAGUGAAGAUCCCACCAGCCACUUCCUGCUUGACAUGUGCACGCUGCGGGCAGAGCCUGUCCUUGACUUCUAUGUGGAACACCUUGAGCUUCCCAAGAGAGACAUCAAGGACUUCAACAUGAAACUGGAGGGAAUUGAGACUGCAGCUGGACUAGUCAUUCUAAAUGCCGACACUAUUGCUAACUACCUGACUGUGAUCAGACACAUCCGAUACGUGCACACCCAUGCAGACAACCUUCACAUGCGAAACUUUGUCCUCUCCUGUUCCUCACAGAGCGGCAGAUUUGUGAGCAACGAAUUAAGUGUGUCGGUUGGUUCUCUGGAGAGAGAUACGGAAGAGCCUCGAGUGGUACCAGUUGCUAGGAUACAGAGUAAUGGUGCCCAGCAGUCCAUCCAGGAUCCCAAGUUCAGUCACACCUUACAGGGAGCUGCAGGCACAAAUUUUGGCAUGGUGGCUAUCAUAGUAGUGUGUGUUGGUUUCCUACUGUUCAUGAUUGUCCUCGGUGUCCUGCGUAUACGGGCGGCACACCACAGACGGCGCCCUGCCAAUGAGAGUGGUCAGGAAAUGGAGUGGGACAACUCGGAACUCAACAUCAUUGUGAACCCCAUUGAUCAGGAGUUGUUUGAAUAUGAAGAGAAUCCACGCAAAUCCACACUGCCAGAUGACAGUGACACUGAUGAUGAUGUAAGCGACGGUUUCCAUGACGACGGGAACGAAUCUUCAGAGGAAGAGGCGGAGACUUACAAGAAGACCCUUGAAUGGGACGACUCGGCUUACUAGUGCGGGAAUUACUUCAGAAUGUUCUUUAUUAAUUAUCUCAUAAAAAUAUAACAGCUUUCAUAUGUUAGAAUUAUUGUUGACCCAGCCUAUGAGUGGGAAAAUUAUUUCAGAAUGGUCAAUGUUACUUGUCUCAUCUUAAACAAAACUGCUUUCAUCAGCAGGAAUUGUUAAAAGCUUUAAAAGCGCUCUUAUGAUAAUUGAAUCUUAUGGAAGGUUGUGAUUUCUCAUCCCUUCAGCUACUUGCUUUUCUCUCAAUACCUUUAAAUUGAUGUAUUUCCAAGUUUAGUUUGUUUGUACCCUCAAAUAAGAAACCUGGAAUGGAACAACUCUGCCUUCUAGUGCUAUAAAUUAGGACACAAUGGUUGUUGUUGGUUAUAAGCAGGAAUUGUUAAAAGCUAGCAAUCUUACCUUUUACCACAUAGUGUUAAUAGUCCCAUAGAAGAUCCAAUUAGAUUAAAUACUGCUCUGGCUAGAUUCAAGUUUUUAAGGCUCCAUUCCCAUACUGAUGAGCAACAAACACUAUAAAUCUGAACAGUCUGUAAGCUACUCCAGAGCUGUUCUGGUUUCAUAUAGCCAUGUUCUCCUAUCUUCUGAGUGGGAAAGGUAUAAGCUCAUAAGAAAUCUUGUGAAAAAUGAAAACAGAAACUUAUCAUCUUAUUUAGGGUUGUGCAUUCUCUUUGCUCUGGCUUAUUGUUACACUCCCAUAUCAAUUAAUGAAACUUGCAAAAAGACUUCCAUAUCCAUUGAUGAAACUUGCAAAAGACUCCCAUAUUCAUUGAUGAAACAUGCAAAAAGACUCCCACAUCGAUUGAUGAAACUUGCAAAAAGAACCUGGAAUUUUCCCAGUACCCUUAUUCACCAAUUAAAAAAUAUUUAGAUUACAUUGUUUUUACAUUAUAUAUUUCUGAUCUGUGUGUUUGUGUGUUGAGAGUAAUGCAAGGUCGUACUAAUAAUAACAAAACAGCAUUUUAUCAAACAAGAUUAGCUUUUAUCAAAAUCAAUAAAAAGUGCUGUCAAAAACAUCAGAUCUCAUUUACCUAGAAUCAUUUCGCCUUCGGUAGUAAAAUAUUUAAUUUAAAUAGGAAUAACACAAGGAAUUAUUCAUAUGGGUCAAAUGACUUGUUUAGAUUUAGAAUAAGUGUAUCAUGUAUAUUGUUUGGAUAGUGUAAUUCAGGCCAGAAAUAAAACAAACAUAAGGUGGAUGCUAAGUUUUAACUAUUUGUGAAUUAGCAUUUUUCAUUAAUUAAAAAAAGUAUCAGUAAAUUUCCAUGAUGAUGAGUUUAAUGUUCAGCUAAACAAAAGGUUUUCUUGUGAAUGUAGUUUUUCAAAAUUAUCCUUAAUUUAAUCACAUUUCUUUUAACUUGCAGAUUUUUUUUAUAUAAUCUAUGUAUUAGUAAAUUUGAUUGUCCCUGAUUUGUUUGGUUGUCUCAAGGGUGUUUACUUAAUCAGUGCUUUUGCUCUUAACAAAAUGCUUAUACAAUGGCUUAAACAGGAUGAAUGUCUUCUACAAUUUGUGGAUUUUAAUUACUUACCAAUACUUUCUUUUAAACUUUGUUGAAACAAUAUUUAUCAUAAUUAUUUAGAUUGUGAAGAUGAAUUUUAGAUCUGACAAAGAAUUUCUGUCAUUUAUUUGGUAUUCAAUAAUUAAUAUGUAAGUAACAAUUAUAGUAUUUUCAUGCUAACAUGAAGCUUCUAAGCAUGUAUGUUUUGUUAUUGUUACGUGUUUUUUAUAUAUAAUUAUGUAAUGCAUAAUGUCAACUGUCAUACCAGAUCUUUUACUAUGUUUUAAGAAUGUUUUUGCAAUUAUGUGGAUUCCUAUUAUCAGAAAGCGUUCGUUAUUUAUUUUUAUUAAUCAACAAAAUUGUCGCAUGUUAUUUAUGAGUCUCAGUUGUCCAAGUAAGUUCAAACAAUAUUAAAGCUAUACACAUAGUUUAUUGUGAAAUAUAGAGAAAAUAAUGGACUUAUUUUGUUAAUGGUACAUGUCUAUACUUAGGCUGUUAUGUUUAAUUUUCAAAAUGUAUGUACACGGAAGUAAUGCGUGAUCUUGGACUUAAUGUUUGUUGUUACCAGGUCUUUACUAGUUCAUUAUUAAACCUUAAAUAUUGAUAACUUAAGUCUGUUUCUGUUUCAUUCAGGUUGUUGCUUUACAAUGACAUAAAUGUAUUCAUAAUUAUAAAUUUAAAGAUUGUAAUAGAGACUUUUUCACAUAUGGCAAAUUGGCAAUUCAAAAAUGUAAUAUAUUAAAAAAAGGAUAUAUUAAUAUAUUGAAACAAUAAAAAAGUUACUCAUAAUUUUUAACAAUCUAAAACAUAUCAGUUUGUUUAUAGGGUUUUAUCAAUAAUUCUUAUAAAAAAUAUUAUAAAUGUGUAUUACACUUGUCAUUGAUAAUUUAGAGAAAACAUGUAAUACAAACAUGGCAUUUAAAAAAAACGCAGUUAUAUUUUAAAAGCCUAUGUAAUUAAGUUAUAGCGCAGUAACCUGUGCUUCUUUUGGUCUUGGAUUGAAAUGUUUCUUUCAAAUUAUGGUUCUAUACCAAAAUCCAUUGACUAUUAAAUGACAUUAAAAAAAGGAAUUCUUCGAAGGAUUCUGUUGAAUUAAAUCACUCACAGUUUGUGUACAUUCUGUUUUGAAAUACUAAUUUUGCUACAUAAAAAUGUAUGUUUUAAUUCUUUGAGCUUUUAACUAAAAUUUGCUUACUGAAUUAUAUAUACUGUUGGAAAAUAAAAAAUCCAAACCAACAAACCAAGCAGAAUCAAUAAGAAAUAAAAACAACAUAUUUAGUGUAUAUAUUUCUGACUCUUAGAACUGUUUCUUAGAUCUAUAUAUUUUCUAUAUUUUAUCAUUUUCACAAUAGGAGUGUAACAUGCAUUUCAUCAACAUGCCAUUGUUGCUUUCACAAAAAAUCAUUUUUAGAUACUAAACAAAUAGCCAUAUUUGUAUUGUAGUUUUCAAUAAAAAAUAGUGGACUAAAAAGAAUAUGAUAUACAGGUUCUGCUAGACAUUUGUUAGGGUCUUGUGUGAAGCCUAUGGUAGGGUUAAAACAAAUUACAAUGUAAUAUAAUACUUUUUUAAUAGUUUUUCCAUAUUGUUAACUGAUUUAAGAAAUAUUUAUUAUUUUUAUUAAAAAGUUUAUAGAAAACAUUCCAUUUUCUGUUGAAAUAUAUUUAUUGUUCUUAUAGAGUAUAUGUAUAUGAGACAUUCAAAGGUCAUAGCAAUUAUGAAACAUUCUUAUAAGUUUGUGUAAAAGUAGACCAAGUAAGAUCUUAUAUACUAAUGCACCAAGUGUGGAUUAUAAUUUUCUUCCUAUUUUAACGUGAAUUAAGAGCAAAAGUUGAUGAUGUGAAACAUUAAGAAUUAUUUUUAAAUUAUUUCACAGGCUAUAAUAAGUUAAUAUUGGUAUGACACAGUUAAAUGAAGGGUUUUUAUUUGAUUGAUUUUGCUAUCUUUGACAUAUUACUCUUAAUGUUAGUGCAUUUGACAAAAAUGCAAGGAAACAAGAAUGCUUUAUAUGCUUUAGUAUCUCAUAACCUCAUUACAGAUAUAAAGUUAAUUGUUUUUCUGUAAAAUAUGUGCAGAGAAAACUUAAUAAUAGCUUCAUUAAAAAAAGGUAAAUAUUUGUCGACCAUUAGUGCUUUAAUUUAGCCAAUUAUCAUGUCAAGUCUACGUUAUUUGGGUUUUAAACAAAGUGAGUAAAUAUUCGAAAGUUUCCAUAUUUUAGCAUAUCCAAUAUGUUGUUGAUGUUGUUGUUACAUGCCAUCCCACUGUUUCAUCAUUGCACAAUUUGUUGUUGUUAUUGCUGUUGUCGUGUGAGUGAUGUCACGAUAAACAGUGACGGUGCAUCCAUUAUUCCAUUUGUACAAAUACAUGUCUAUGAAUCAUCAGUACGCUGUCUUUAAAUGUUGUGAUAUCCCUUGAUAAACUUUGUCUUAUCUAGCUCAUUUUUGUCCUACGUUGUUUUCUUUUUAUCUGCCUAUAACUGACAUGCUACUUUUAUAAAGUUAACCUUUUAUAUAUCUUGCAAGUUUAAUAUACAAUUUAUAUUGCAUUACUACGAUGUUUGCUUGGUUUGUGUAAAAAGUCACCAGUGCUCGGAUAUUACUUGUAUUGUACAUCAUGGUAUUGGCUUUUUAAAAAUAGGAUUCAAUACUGAGUAAACAACACCCACAACUUUGCUAGAGAAGAAACUAUCAGAAAAAGGAAGCAUUCCAUAUAAUUGCAAAUGGAAAAUUUAAGAGGUACCUGUCAAACGUGUAGUUAAUGAUUUUUUAGUAUUAAAUGUUUUCUUGUUUAUACAAAUUUUUUAUUUGAAACUUGAUAUCGCUUGGCAAACUUAUUUUAUUUAUUUGAGCAAUGUCUUUAUAAAUGUUGAUAUAAACGCCAUAUUUAGCUUUGAUUAAUCGAGAUCGAAUAUUUUUUUAUUUGUACCGUACAUUAUGUCAUGCUAUCUGUGAAUAAGAUUUGGGCGUUACUGGUUGUUAUGAGUUCAGUAUGUUCACUCAUAUUUCAAGUUACAAUUUCCAAAUUUAGUUGUGAACUAUGUUGUUUUGUCUUCCUUUAUUAGUCUAAUAAAUGAGAAAACAUU